AUGUCCCCAAGUAAAUCAUCAGAACCGACAUCUGUCAAACGAAAAGCCCCCGAUGUCGAUGCCUCCACAACCAAACCAUCAUCAACAUCAUCAGCACCCGUCACCAACUUCACCGCGCGAAAUCCGCCAUGGACAUAUUUCAAACUCCAACUAAUUCACCAACCCGGCACCUCCCCCUCAGUCCAAUCCGCACCCCUCGACCCUCUCACAGCGCGUACCUAUCUCACCUCCGCCCUGACCCAAUUCCUCGGCCUAACCGGCUCCACGAUAUCCAUCGACAUCCUCAAAACCACCCCUUCAACCACCCCCGAGACGCCCGAAACACAAUCAUUUCCCCCCCAAAACACCAACACCACCACCAUCACCCCGAAAAUAGCCUGGAUCCGCGUUCCCAGCGCCGACGCCCCCGCCGUGACGGCGGCGCUGAGCUCCUGGAUCGGAGGAAAUACCGGCGGAGGGGUCGUCGGCAGCGUGGCGUGGAGGGUAUGCGCGAAGGGAAAUUAUCUAGGCGCGUUGGUGAAUGGGAGUGGUGGGGAUUUGCUUGUUCCUGAGUAG